AUGGUUGUAGCCGAUCGAAGCUCGCUCAGAUUUUUUUUUUCUUUCCUUUUAUUUGUUCCCUGUCGUACGAAUUCUACGGCCGACACCGUUUCUCAUAAUGCAUCGCUUUCUAUCUCGCCUUUCUCUCACUUUCUUCUUCUUUUCUUUUUCUUUUUCACUCUUUUUCUUCUUCUUCCCUCCUCCGCUUCUCUCUCCUAUUCUCUCCUCUGUUCUCAUAUUCUCUCCUCUCCUAUUCUCGCCUCUGUUCUCCUCUCCUCUGUUCUCCUCUCCUAUUCUCUCCUUAUCUCUUUCUUCUCUCCUGUCCGUUUCUCUUUUCUACUCCCCUCUCUCAUCAUCCUUCUUUUUCUUUCCUCUCUCUAUCUCUAUCUCUUCUCUUCUCCUCUUUCUCUCUUCUUCUCCACUUUUCUUCUCCUCCUCCUCCUUUUCAUCUUCUCUCUCCUAAUUCAUGAUUUACAUGGUCUUUCCUUUCCGUUUAUAAAUCCGCCACCCACCCACCACUCCUCUUUCAACGCUUACUUUCACUUUCGUAUCUAUGGCUUUAACUUUCUUCCUUUCCUUUCUCUAUACCUAUCUAUUCCCCCCCUCUCUCUCUCUCUCUCUCUCUUCCUUCGUUUCUUUCUCUCCCCUCCCUUCCUCUUUCUUUCCCUCUCUCCUCCUUCCUCUUUCCUUUCUCUCUCUCUCCUCCCUCCCUUUCCUUUCCUCCUCCCUCUCUCUCUCUCUCUCUCUCCUCCUUUCUUUUCUUUCUCUCUCUCCCCCUCUUUCCUUUUCUCUCUCUCUCUCCUCCCUCUUUCCUUUCUCUCUCUCUCUCUCCUCCCUCUUUCCUUUCUCUCUCUCUCUCCUCCCUCUUUCCUUUCUCUCUCUCUCUCCUCCCUCUUUCCUUUCUCUCUCUCCUCCCUCCCUCUUUCCUUUUUCUCUCUCUCCUCCCUCCCUCUUUCUUUCCGCCCUCUCCAUCCCCACCCUCUUUCCUUUCUCUCUCCCACCUCCCACUAUCGUUCUCUCCCUCUUCGCUUGUCUUCUCUCUCUUUCUCCUCGCUUGUCUUCUCUCUUGCUCUCACUUUCCAUCUUUUCUCCGUCCCACUCUUUCCUCUCGCCCUGUCCUCUACCUGUUUCUCUCCCUCUUUCACCUUUUUUCUUCGUCUGCCACCCUCUCGUUAUCAUUUCAAAUUCUCCUUUUAUUCUCCCUAUAUACUCUCCCACUUGCCAAUUCAUGACGCCGUGGAAAAUGACCACAUUGAAAUGGUACGGCUUCUCUUAUCAUUUGGUGCUGAUCCUCUGCUAACGACGUACAGUGGCAAAUCCCCGAUGAAAAUCGCACGCUCCGGCAGAAUGAUAAACCUUCUCAAAGAUCACAUAAGCGACAUGAAUGGUGAUGACAGCCAUGAAGUUACACCUUGGGAAUUUCAUGGGUCUUGGAACAUACAAGCCUCUUCUCUCCUUUUGCUUAUUCUGUUAAGCCUCUUCUCUCCUUUUGCUUAUUCUUCUAAGCCUCUUCUCUCCUUUUGCUUAUUCUCCUCUUCUCUCCUUUUGCUUAUUCUUGUAACCCUCUUCUCUCCAUUUGCUUAUUCUGUUAAGCCUCUUCUCUCCUUUUGCUUAUUCUUCCUCUUCUCUCCUUUUGCUUAUUCUGUUAAGCCUCUUCUCUCCUUUUGCUUAUUCUUCCUCUUCUCUCCUUUUGCUUAUUCUGUUAAGCCUCUUCUCUCCUUUUGCUUAUUCUUCCUCUUCUCUCCUUUUGCUUAUUCUUGUAAGCCUCUUCUCUCCUUUUGCUUAUUCUUCCUCUUCUCUCCUUUUGCUUAUUCUGUUAAGCCUCUUCUCUCCUUUUGCUUAUUCUCCUCUUCUCUCCUUUUGCUUAUUCUUCUAAGCCUCUUCUCUCCUUUUGCUUAUUCUUGUAACCCUCUUCUCUCCAUUUGCUUAUUCUCCUCUUCUCUCUUUUUGCUUAUUCUUGUAACCCUCUUCUCUCCUUUUGCUUAUUCUUCCUCUUCUCUCCUUUUGCUUAUUCUUGUAAGCCUCUUCUCUCCUUUUGCUUAUUCUUGUAACCCUCUUCUCUCCUUUUGCUUAUUCUCCUCUUCUCUCCUUUUGCUUAUUCUUGUAACCCUCUUCUCUCCUUUUGCUUAUUCUUCCUCUUCUCUCCUUUUGCUUAUUCUUGUAACCCUCUUCUCUCCUUUUGCUUUUUCUUCUAACCCGUCUUUUUUCCUAUGCUUUUUUUUUGCUAUCCCGUCUUCUUUCCGUCUUUGCCUUAACUUCGAUCCCGCCUUUACUUACUUGUUUUUCUUCUAUCCUUCUUUCUUUCUUUUUCUUUUUAAUCCAUUCUCUUACCUCCUUACUUACUUUUUUCUCUUUUCUAAUAUAUUUGUUUUCAUUUUUUUUUUCUCUUUCCUCAUCUCACACUCUUUUCCCCUCUCCAUUCUUCUUCUUCUUUUUCCCUACUUUCUUUCUAUUCUUCACCUUUUCCUUAUUUCUCUUUCUUCUUUGCUUUGCAAGCUCUUCUCUCUUUUCCACUUCCUCUCUAGUCCUUCCAUUUUCAUCUCUUUUCUUUUGCUCUUUCAACUUCCUCUUCUUUUUCCCCUAUUUACUUUGUCCUUUCCUCGAUUUUCCCUUCCCCCUCCCCAAUUCCUCUAUCGUAUCGAUUACGAUCAUCAUGAUAAUAACAAGAACAAUGUUAAUAAUAGCGAUAUUGAUAUCUUCCGAUCUGUAACACGGUCUCCUAUUCGCCAGCCUUGGGAAUAA